UCAAUUUGACAUUUUGAUGAGAAAUGAAAACAAUUUCUGAAGACUGCAGUAUUUUGAUUUAUAGAGUGUUAUAUUAACCGAAAUCAAGAUGAAUGUAAUAAAGGCGGUCAAAAUGUAUAUAAUCAAAAUGACAGAGGAGAGCGGGCCGGGAAUGAAAGUAAUUUUAAUGGAUAAGGAAACUACAAGCAUUGUAAGCAUGGUGUUUAGCCAAUCAGAGAUUCUUCAAAAGGAAGUGUAUUUAUUUGAAAGAAUUGACAGUCACACAAAAUGGGACAACCUUAAACACAUGAAAUGCAUUGCAUUUGUGAGACCCACAUCAGAGAACAUAGCUCUGCUAUCAAGAGAACUGAGAUACCCUAAAUACGGAGUCUAUUUUAUAUAUUUCAGUAAUGUAAUAUCAAAAGCAGAUAUUAAGACCUUGGCGGAGUGUGAUGAGCAGGAGACAGUGCGCGAGGUGCAGGAGGUGUUUGCAGACUACCUCGCUGUGGAUAGGCAUCUGUUCUCUUUUAACAUUGUUGGAUGCUUGCAAGGUCGCAUGUGGAACCAGCAGCACCUGCAGCGGUGCGCGCAGGGUCUGGCGGCGCUGGCGCUGUCGCUGCGGCGGCGCGUGGUGGUGCGGCACGAGGCGGGCUCGGAGCCGGCGGCGCGGCUGGCGGAGCGGACGCGCGACCUGCUGCGGCGCGACGCGGCGCUGCUCGACGCGCAUGCGCCGUAUAGCGACGCACCCGCCGUGCUGCUCGUGCUGGAUCGCAGGGAUGAUCCCGUCACACCGCUGCUUAGUCAGUGGACGUAUCAAGCGAUGGUGCACGAGCUGUUGACCAUAAACAACAACCGCGUGAGUCUAGCGCACGUGCCAGAAGUGCCCAAGGACUUCAAGGAAGUGGUGCUCUCGUCCGAACAGGAUGAGUUUUAUGCCAAGAACCUGUACUCCAACUUUGGCGAGAUCGGUCAGACUAUAAAAUCACUGAUGGAAGAGUUUCAGAGGAAAGCAAAAAGUCAUCAGAAGGUAGAAAGCAUUGCUGACAUGAAGAACUUCGUGGAGACAUAUCCAUUGUUUAAGAAAAUGUCAGGCACAGUUACUAAGCAUGUGACCGUGGUCGGUGAGCUAUCUUCUUGUGUAAGCAAAUACAAUUUGCUGGAAGUUUCCGAGUUGGAGCAGGAGAUCGCGUGUCAGAGCGACCAGUCGAAGCAUUUGCAGCGCGUCAAGUCAGUAAUAGCUAAAGAGUCUGUGCGCGACUCGGAAGCGGUCCGGCUGGUGUCGCUGUACGCGCUGCGCUACGAGAAGCACGUGUCGGGCGGCGCGGGCGGCGCGGGCGGCGCGGGGGGCGCGGGGGGCGGCGGCGCGGUGGGCGCGCUGCUCGAGGCGCUGCGCGCGCGCCGCACGCCCGACGCGCUCGUGCGCGCGCCGCUCACGCUGCUGGAGUACGCGGGCGCACACGCACGACAGACCGAUCUCUUCGGCCUGCAGGAUGCUGUCAAGAUCACUAAGCGGCUGUUCAAGGGUCUAAACGGAGUAGAAAACAUUUACACCCAGCACUCACCACUCCUCAAGGACACCCUCGAGGAACUGAUCAAGGGCAAACUCCGAGAGAACUUGUACCCGACCCUGGGAGGAGACGAUGGCACCUACAGCCGCAGACCGCAAGAGAUCAUAGUGUUCAUAGUGGGUGGCGCCACCUACGAAGAGGCCAUGUGCGUGCACCAGAUCAACCAGGCGUACCCUGGAGUCAAAGUUAUAUUAGGCGGCACAACUAUCCACAAUUCCACAUCGUUCUUCGAAGAAGUCAAGUCGGCCAUGCAAGGAGUUCACAGGACACAUACUAAGCAUAUUAAAAAUGUAUAGAGUAAGUGGGCAGGUGGUAAGAUUUGGAACUAAUAUGUAUCUGUCAAAUUUGAAAAUAGAACAUGGAAAAGCGCCACCUGUCUGAAUAAAUUAACGUAGACUUAUUGGUAUCUAUGGAUGUUUUCAAAUAAGAGUAAUUAUUAAAAAUUAACUUUCGCUUUGUGGAAUACAGUUCACUUUGUAACUAUAAUAUUAUUUGAUUUAAUAAUUUAAAUUUUGAAUCAGAUACUGUGUUUAGUAAAAUGUAUUCUAUGCCGCAUAGUGAGAGCUCAUUUUUAGAUUUUACUUUAUGUUGAAGCUAUUGAAAUUUAAUCUAUGACACUCCACUUAUAUUUUGGAGUGAUAAGUAUACGUUAUAAGUUAUGUCUGCUUGUCUGUAUAUUGUGUAAUUAAGCGAUUGUUUUACAAUAGCGUUUUCGGAUCUAACAGCAAAUGAAUAGCAUACGAUUAAGGUUAAGAUGGUAGUAGGAUAUAUUUUAUAUCCGCCCGAUUGCGCCCACCAUACACAAGGUGUUAAAAUUCGCCAUAGUGGCCCACGUGUGUCGCGCUCCGAGAUUAGCUUGUAUAUAUCCGGCUCCAACAGGCCGGCAUUAUUGUGGCGGCUGUCGAGGAGUAAUCAUUUCUCGUCAGUCGACAUUCUAAUGGACCUAUUUACCAUCAAGUGCAGGCAGUUACUUCAGCGUGCCUGUAUGAAAAAGGCAUAUGGAGGAGAAAACUGUAGUUUGUUGCUUUAAGAAUUUCUGAUUUCAGUCAUCAUAUUGUGUGAUAAGUUAAUACUAAAAAAAAUCAUACUUAAUGCCUUUUUCAGUUUCUAAUUAGAUUACAUACUUUUAUUUGUCCAUUCAUUUGCUAUCCUUAAGAAAAUACACAGUGUAAUGUAACUUUUACGCAUAGAGACUUACAUAAUAAGGAAGCGACCCUUCAGCUGUAAUCUAAUAAAUAGGUAAUAAUAUAUUCAUUAUUAUAAGAGUAUUUACAUAAAAUUAUUAACUUAAGUAUUUUGUGCUAUGAAGGAAUAAUAUUCAUGAACAUUGCAUAAACGGUAGUAAUUUCUCAAAAUAAAUUUAUGUAACGAAAGUUUUUAAGAAUUUUUACGGUUUACUCUCAUGUGAUUUUUUCUGUUUGUCUUAAUACAUUCUGUAUAUUAUUUGAUAGAAAGAAUGUACUGAAACAAAAGACAGAUGAGAUAUUAAAUAUGGCAACAAUAUUUCGUUGCGUACAUUUAUUUUUGAGGAUAUGAGUAACAAUUUAAUUGGUUUGAUAAAAACAAUUUACUGUUUGUACCAGAAGUAGUCGGCAAAACGUGGUAUAUUUAGUUUCACUAGCCUUGUGUACUAGAAAUAUCUAAGCAUUUAUCAAUCAUUUAUGUUCAUUGUAUUGAUGAAAAUCUUAAUCAUAAUUUUUAGUUGUUUGUGUAGAUUUCAAAGAUCCAAAGGAGUUAUUGAAAAGUAAGUAUGUACAUGCAUUUUGGAACAAUGAUGAACUAUCAACAUAUUCUGAAGUAAUAUGGAAGCAGAAGGCUAGGCAGUUCUGUACAGCGGCGCUGUAACACUAGCAAUUGUUUUAUUUGAGUAUCUAAUACUUUGAAGUACUACGAAAGUAGACCAAAAGCAGCUUAUUGCAAUAAUUAGAUAUAUGCUUUCAUUUAUACAAUGUAUGUACCUAGUCAUACAAAACUGUUAUAUUGUUUCCUGUGAAUUGUCUAUUUAGCUUAUUUAUUAUAGACUACGUACUUAGUGUAAGUAUAGAUUUUGCUAAAUAAAUGUAAUAUAUUACUUCAA